UGUCAGUUGCCCGUGCCUUGUGCGACGGUCAGGACCGCACAUAUUAUUCGCAAAGUUUAUUGAUACCGCGUUUUCGAAAUCCGCACACGCAAUUUCUUUGCUUCUAGUCCUUCGUCAUAUUUUUCUAUACCAUCAUCAUUGUGACCUUGUCCUUCAAAUUUUUCAACACCCACAGAAGAUUUGAGAAUAGCUGCUGUUCUUCCUGCUACUGCUGCUUCUUAUUCUUCCUCAUUUCUUCUAUAUACACUUUCCAUCACUCAAAGUUUAACCUUGAGGCUCUGCCGGCUAUUGAUCGAAUUUAAUCAGCCGACCUCAAAAUAUCAAUUGACCAUCGAUGUACCACUGCGCCGAUGGACGAUCGAGAGAUGAGGAGGCUUGAUGGAGCUUUGUGUUAACCGAUUUUAUGGAAUCUAGUUGUAUUCAUCAGCCUUAAUCACGGCGAGGUCACACCAGGUCUUCAAGAUGAUCUAGUAGGAUAAGGACGAAGGAGAGAGAGAGAAAGAGAUGGCGAACGGUAUAUCCUUCGGACGUACAGCUACAAGUACUGUGCUUAUCCUAUUGGUUCUCAUGCAAGCGGUCCUAUUUUUGGAGCCAGCAGCGUCUGCACCAGCUAAGAGAAGUAACGACGUCAUCGCGGGAACAGAAUUUCUAUCAGUAUUUAUAAACGGAGCUAUGGCACCAAAAUCUACGCAACGACGUCGUGGAGGUUACAGACGGGGUGGACAUCAGGGUGAUACCAUAAGUUCAGAGUCAAAACACAAUGAAGCCUUUAUAUAUCGCAUAUCACGUGCUCCACCUACAGCUAGACCUACCAUGGCACCCUUUACACAUCGAGAAAUGGGUAUAAGAUACUACCCAAUCAGUCAGAAAGCUCUCAACCAUAGUCACAGUCUAGCCUCUUUGAUUGAUGACUUAGGCACAGUUGAUGAAAUAUCAUCCAAGCUGAGUUCUCGUGAAGAAAAACAUGGACGAAAUUCAACGGUCGUAUCUAAAUCUAGUAAAACCGGAAAUAUUCAGAAUAGAAUUGUCGAAAGAAAAGUGAUUGGCGUCAGUGUGACUUCCACUGUUGAAGCUACACCCUACAAAUUUCGAAUAGAACAUUAUACUGGCGGUAAUUCAGAUCGGUUGCGUACUCAAUCGCCCAACAGCAGUCCAAGUACCAUUUCGACUAGUUCAACAUAUGCUGCUCCAAGAAGUACUACUGUUAAGUCAAUAACUACAGUAAAACAUUCGAGAAUUACGACUUCCGUAACACCUCCAUCAACUCGCUCCGUUACACAAGAUCCCGGAAAUAUAGUAUCAGAGUCAAACAGGAGCGAGUUUUCCGUAGAUGAAGGUUCAUCGCAGACAGUUUGGCAGGAGACAAGUGUAAUCACAUCAAAACCACAAAUAAAGAACAAUAAACCUUCUUCGUCUCACAGGUCCAAUUCAGAAAGCGACGUCGAUGAUUCUGCGACUAGUGGCAGCAGUUCAAUACCAGUGGAACUGCGCGAAUAUCCAGUUACUGAGGAAAAUUUAGAGUCUAAAGAAGUAUCACAGCUUGGCGGUUCCCGAGCACACUAUCAAGGCCGCAAGGUCAGCAGGCACUAUGAUGGAUCUUUCUACGAUACUUCACAACAUCGUCAUCAUAAUCAUCCUAUCGACACUUUCGACAAGACAUCGUACAGAGAGUCAGGGGAACAAACUAUUCUGAAGGGUUAUAGUGAACCUGAAAAAGUUUACGGUGAACCGUCUAAAAUAUACGGGGAGCCAUCUAAAAUUUAUGGCGAACCGUCCAAAAUAUAUGGAGAGCCAUCAAAAGUGUAUAGCCAACCAGCUCAAAUCUACAGUGAACAAGAAAAGGUUUAUGCUGAGCCAGCCAAGAUCUACUCCGAGCCUGCCAAGAUUUAUUCCGAACCAGCUAAAAUUUACAGUGAACCCAGCAAGAUCUAUGGUUCAAAUGGUCAACCCGUGGAUCAGUCACACUCACGGGAACCUAUUGAGCAGAAUUAUGAAGUAGAUGAAGCUGUUAGUGUAGGAACCCGUGGUAAUGUUCAUGGACCUCAUCCCGUUACCGAUGCGACUAAUAAGGCUGAUUCAGAAGAUGGUCGCAAGGUCGGCUACGUCUUCGAAGGCCGCAAUUACCGAAAGUAUCGUGUUGAAGAAAGAACGCCAGAUGGCUUUAUAGUUGGCGAAUAUGGCGUCGUCAGUCACGACGAUGGUUCACUUCGGGGAGUUCGUUAUACUGCAGAUGGUACCAUAAAUCCGCGUCUCAUUUAUGACGCUCUAAUGAAGUUUCUUGCUCUUUGAAAAGACUAUUCGACCUCAACAGAAAACUCAUUUAAAACAAGUUCCAUUCAUGCAUUCUAUGUUAAUCAAAGUAUUUCAAUUUUCGCAAAAAGAAAUCUUUUUCGCCUGACGACGAGUUCGUCCCACUACUGCUACUACUGUAGACAUUAAGUUUUUUGCUCGACACUCGGUUCAUACGGCGAGAAGCUCGAUGACCGAACGACUGAUUCCCUUUGCUCUUUCUUGCCAACUCAACUGCCUCAUCGCUCUUAAUUUUAAGCAAGACUUAUAAAAGAUAAGUGAUUAAAAUAGAACAUGGUAUAUUAUAGAAAAAUACAAAAAAAAUAAGACUUAUUUGUCUUAAGAAUCUGCGCGACUGCUGCUUAAAGAGAGAUAUACCAAGUUGCUCAAAAUUUGUCACUGCGAAUAUAGCAAUGUGAAGUUCUUUCGACUGUCUCAAAAUUCCUUUAAUCUAUAAUAGUCACUAGUAAGUAUUAGUGGAAUCGCUCCACAUUUAAACUAGAAGAUAAGUUUUCUUAAUUGAUCAAGACGAAAUGAUUUGAGUCAUAAGCGCGGUAAAAAUAUGAUUGACAAUACUUAUUGUAAAUAGAAUCAUUUUUAAUUAUACACUCAACCAAAUGCUAUGACAAUAAUGUAAAAUUUUCAAUUACAUUUCGUCUAAUCGCAGAAACCAUAUUAAUGCGAAAGAUGGUGAAAUUAUUUGUUUUCAUCGCAAUUAUGAUUCAUGACUAAUUUCAAAUAGCAUUGUAUCAUACAUAUACAAGUCAUUAGGUAAAUAAUGUAUUAGUAUGUCAUCAAGACUUUCGAUUUAAUUUUUAGUAAGGAUGAAACAUUUUGAAAUGUCAACCUUCAUUAUGUUAACAAAUGUGACAACUAAAAAUGUUUUUUUUUUCAAGAAUUGGGCGAGCACAUUAAGCGUAGAGGAAAGGUGCUCAUGUAGAUCACAUUUAUCUUCUAAAUUUACAUUUUUGAGCUCAUUUUUCUCUCUGUGUAUUGUGUCAAAAUACUCAGCUCUUAUAUAAUAGAAAGUACAGAUAGUAGUAGAUAAAUAAAUAUAAGUUAAUGAAUUGACUCAUUUCCAUCCUAUUAUAGAGAGAGAGAGAGAGAGAGAGAAAUGUAGCUAAGAAAUGCGGAACUUUUGAAACAUGCAGAUUAAUUGAAAUUGGUCUAACAUUAUUCAUGAAGAAGUGAAAUAUUAAAUACUGCUCAAUGGUAAACCAAAAAAUACUCCAUUU